UGAAACCAAAUGUUAAAGACAAAUUUAACUAAUAAUUGAGAAUAUUUAAAGUUGAAAAUAAUAUUAUUACCUAACAUUAAUUUGAACCCAAUAAAAAUAAUUACUUGUAUUAAUAUUAUAAAUAUUAUAAUGUUGGCAAUUUCUCUAAAUUAUUAUUAAUAUUGUCGAAAGAAAAAUAUUUUUAAAUGUUAAAAACAAUAUACGGAGUUUAUGAAAGUUCUUUAAUUUGUUUUGAGAAGGAGAGUAAAAUCAUUUUUCAAACAGUAAUCUGGCCAAUAGUUAUCAUUGGAAUUAUUGCAAAUUUAGGCGUUUUAUGGAGAAUUUCAAUAUCCUCAAAUGGAAGGAAAUUAUUUUUAAAACCAUUUUAUCGUUCGGCAUUAUUAUCGUACGCUUUUUCGGAUAUUUUGUUACUGUCCUGCUCUUCUGCAAAUACUCUGAGUUUUCUACAAACCGGUAAACGUCUUUGGAUACUUCCCGAUUGGUCAUGUUCAUUAAUACCAUUUAUUCAAACUGUUGCUGUUCUCGUUGGAUCAUUGACUCUCGCCGGCAUUGCCAUUGAUCGAUAUGCAGCAAUGAAACCUAAACAUAUUAUAACAAUGAGAGGACAAAAAUGGACAUCUGCAAUUCUUUUUGUAAUUUCAAUUUGGCUAAUUGCGAUUGGAGCUUCUUAUCCGAUUCUACAAAUUUAUGAAAUCGUGUCAGUGAUUGUUGUUAAUGACGAAACUUAUUACGAAGGGAAAUUGUGCGUGACGUUUAAUAUCAAUAAGGCAGCGACUGCAUACACUUGGCUCUUCGUUACAAUAUUUCUUCCCCUGGCUACAGUUUUUGUAAUUGUGCACGUACUACUCGCUCUAAAUAUUUCUCACCGAAAAGGACUCAUGGGAAAAUCUCAAGAAACUCGGUCAAAUACCCUUUCAAUAGUAUCGAACAGUGGAAAUUCAUCGUCGAGACAAAUUUACACCAAAAAUUCUUCUUCACCACCAAUUCAUAUGCAAAGGAAAAAGAGAACCCUCAACAUUAUUCUGAUCCUGAUAAUAGUAUUUGCAAUUUGCCGACUACCACUUUGGAUUUUUUUACUUGCUAAAUUACACGUGAGAUUGGAGGGAAAUUUUUGGUGGUAUUUACAAACAUUUUUUUCUACCUUGUCAUUUUUAAAUGCAACAAUUGAUCCAUUUCUCUAUGCAUUUUUAAAUGAAACUUUGUCAAUUGUUUCGUCAAUUUGUUCGUGGCGAAAGAAGAAAGGUAAUUUUGAGGUAACGUCUAUUAAUAAUGUAAAGGAGAAUUUAAACGAAGAAUUAACCGAGAGAGAAGCUGUGAAGAUUCCCCGUGGACCUUAUUUAAAUCAGGAUUAAGAAUUAUUGAUUCUUUGUUGUACAUCGAGAAUUAUAACCGAACAAAUUUUUUUCAUGUCUUUUAAUAUCAAAUGAUAAAUUUAGAACAAUUUAUGAUUUUUGCAUUUUUGA